CCAAUAUGCGCCUGCGUCACUUCUGGAGCGACGCAACACAGGCUAGCUAGCGCGACUGAGCUAGCAGGUGUCUAGACAUCAAAGAGCAAUGGCUACCACGUAAACAAAUAAAAAUAAAUACGGUGCGGACAGUGCACAGGAAAGAAGAAGGCGGAAGAACUGUACAAUUAUGGCGACCUGUGGCGGUGGCAGCGGCUUGGCGUCAAACAAUGACGUCCAAGAGACACCGUCCAACUCCGCUCAGAGUGGAGCUGCAGUGGCGCUCUCCAAUGUGCCAAACUCCUCUCUUGGCUCGUCCGCCUCCCCGCCUGUGCUCCCUCUUCAUCGGGAGCCCGUGUACAACUGGCAGGCCACGAAGAGCUCACUGAAGGAGCGCUUCGCCUACCUCUUCAACAAUGAACUGCUCAGCGACGUCAGGUUUGUCGUUGGAAAGGGCAGACAGGCCCAGAGGAUACCUGCCCAUAAGUUCGUUUUGGCCGCUGGCAGUGCCGUGUUUGAUGCCAUGUUCAAUGGCGGGAUGGCCACGAUCUCGACCGAGAUAGAGCUGCCUGACGUGGAACCAGCAGCGUUUCUAUCUUUGCUCAGGUUCCUGUAUUCGGAUGAUGUUCACAUUGGUCCAGAGACUGUCAUGUCGGCUCUUAACACGGCCAAGAAAUACGCAGUCCCUGCGCUGGCGAGUCACUGUGUGGAGUUUGUUACCAAGCACCUCAGAGCAGAUAAUGCAUUCAUGCUCCUCACACAGGCAAGGUUAUAUGAUGACCCUCAGAUUUCCAGUCUCUGUUUGGACACCAUAGACAAAAGUACUGCAGAGGCAGUAAAUGCUGACGGCUUCACUGAUAUAGACCUUGACACUCUAUGCGCAGUGCUAGAAAGAGACACGCUCAGCAUCAGGGAGAACCGUCUUUUUGGGGCGGUGGUACGUUGGGCUGAAGCUGAGUGCUGCAGACAACAGCUUCCGCCCACUUCAGAGAAUAAACAGAAGGUUCUUGGAAAAGCCCUCCCGCUCAUCCGCUUCCCACUCAUGAGUGUUGAGAAGUUCCCUGCGGUAAACCCAAAACCACGGGCCAGCUACAUUGACAGGCCCCGCUGCUGCCUCCGGGGAGAGGAAUGCAGCAUUAAUAGAUUCCAGCAGGUGGAAAGUCGAUGGGGGUACAGUGGUACCAGCGACAGAAUCAGAUUCAACGUCAGCAGACGAAUAUCCAUAGUGGGUUUCGGUCUGUAUGGUUCCAUCCAUGGACACACUGACUAUCAGGUCAACAUACAGAUCAUGGAGAGCGACAAACACCUCACUCUUGGACAGAAUGACACAGGAUUUAGUUGUGACGGCACCUCAAACACCUUCAGAGUAAUGUUCACAGAGCCUGUAGAAAUCCUUCCUAAUGUCAGCUACACUGCAUGUGCAACCUUAAAGGGACCAGACUCUCACUAUGGCACAAAAGGGUUGAAGAAAGUCACGCAGGAGUCAGCAGCAGGGACCAAGACAACAUUUGUCUUUUUCAAAUCCCCUGGAAACAAUAAUGGUACUUCGGUGGAGGACGGCCAGAUACCAGAGAUCAUCUACUACAGAUUGGACUAGACUGAAUCAGGGACACUUUCCAUUAGGAAAACAGAGUGGCAGCUUGUAGUGUGUAUGCAAAAUGCACAGAAACAAGGAUUGUUAAAGACGCAGUGUUGUAAAAAAAGAAAAAAAAAAAAAAGAUGCUUAAACUGUAUCAGAUGUAAAUAUGUAAAUGUAUGAGGCAAAGCAAAUUUCCUCCAUAAGGACUAGAGAUUGAAGGCAAAUGACCGAAUGUACCAAGCUGCCAGUGCUUCUGUGCGUCCACCUGUUGUCAUUAAUAACAUUUACAUCUUUACCGAAGCAUUUAUUCAAGUACAGUAAUUGCAAGUUAUGCAUUCGUGCUGUACAUUGUUAACAUUCACUUCAGCAGGCAUCAGUAUGCAUACUUUUUCCUUCAUUGUAGAGUAUAUGUUAUGUCACAUGGUACCUGGUGUGGUUCACAUACCGUUUGUCUGCUUGGAACUUCACUGAAAUUAAAACAACUUCAA